AUGAAGGAUAUCAGACUUCAAACUAAUUAAUUAGUAAAAGCCUGCUGGUGAAUUCCCAAGCUCGGUCUCACACCAAUGAAUUUACUAUAAUCUUUCAUCUUUGUUGCUGCAUGUUUUAACUUUUUAGAAACAGUGGAAAACAAGAGCUGCAAAAGGGCAAACGCAAAAGAUAUGAAAAUCACGGAGAUAGACCAUUUCAGCCAUCGCCACAAGCUCGAGCUAAGCUAUUCCGAAACGCCAUAUCAGUGUGACGGAUGCAAAGAACUAGGCUUCGGUUCAUCUUAUCAAUGCAAUAACAAGAAGUGUAACUUUCAUCUUCAUGAAAAUUGCGGGGUGGCCAAGCCUAUCGCCACCCAUUCGUUCUUCAAAAACAGCAACUUCAAGUUCAAAAAGAAAGGGAAACGAGGCAAAACUUGUAAAGCAUGUGGCAAAGAUGUUCAAGGUUUCAUGUACAAAUCCAAGGAAACAUAUUUGCAUACUUGUUGUUUGAAGCUCCCAAGCACCUUGAAUGGCAAUUUCAACGGAGGGUCAUUGAGACUUAACCUUGAGGUGAAGGCCUCAACCAAGUGUUUGAUAUGUCAAAACAAGGAAAUUUAUAAAGGGAAAUUGAAAGGAUGGGCUUAUAUUUCGAGUUGUGGGAAACAUUGUUACCAUGUUGGGUGUGUGAAUAAUAUGAACUUUGAGAAUUGGAAAAUGGGUUAUUUCAAUCAAUCACAAAGUGGUGGUGUGGCAAAUGGGUUAGUGUUUAUCAAAGAAGAAAAUGGGGAAAGUUCAAAUGGGAGAAAGGAAAAUGAAGGAUCACUGAUGGAGUAUGCUUUGGAUCUCAUUGUCCAAGCUGUUUUAGGGGGUGCUGUUGCUUCUUUGCUUGGUAUUUAGACUCUCUCUACUGCAAAUAAUUGAAUGCUGGUCAAUGUUUGACUUUUAUAUUUUUUACUCAUUAAUAUUGUUAAAUAAUUGCCAAUCAUAUCACUGACUCGGUUGAUUAGCAUGAGGUGUAGAAUUCGAUCAUUGUGAUUGUAAACUCUUUCUCUCUUCUUCCAUUAUAACGUAAGUAUCAAUUUUGGUCGACAAUUUUAUAGUUGAAAUGAAAUAGUAAGAACUUAAAUGUAAUAUCUAAACUUAUUAGUUCUCCAUCAUACUUUUCUUGUGUUUAAA